AAGUAGCAGAGGAGUAUGUUCUCAUGCUGGUGUGCGACAGUUGGCAUACUAAUCACACAGCCCACACUAUUUAGUAGUCUAGUGUGCAGUGUGGGACAUGAGGAGGAUUGUAGGACUUUCUGCACCGCCACUCUUCACUCUUUCUUUCUGUUCAUUUCACACUGCGGCGCUUACUUGCAGCUUUGGACAGAACCGACUGUUGAGCUCACUUCAGCAUUGAUGUAAAUAAAUAUGUGGAGAUGGAUUUCAUGAAGCUGAUCGGAACUGUUUUGGCCGUUUGUUGUCAUCCAGGCUGCGCUCUGAAAGGCUUCGGCAGUCAGCGCAUAUGUCGUCGCGGUACUGAGAGGCCGUGUUAUAAGAUUGCUUACCACCAGGACAGCGGGUACAGGGUGAGCUUUGAGGAGGCCAGGCGGACGUGCAGGGAAGACGACGGCGAGCUGCUCAGUAUCGAAACAGAAGGCGAGCAGAGGCUAAUGGAGAUGUUUGUUCGAGGUGCAUCGGUCGCUGAAGGUGACUUCUGGAUUGGACUGCGAAGGAAUCAAGGCUACAAAGAGUCAGGAGCUACAGAGUGCUCAUCACAGUACUACUGGCUGGAUCAUAGCCAGGCCACCUACAGGAACUGGCUGUGGAAUGAGCCCUCAUGUGGUUUUGACCAGUGUGUGGCCCUGUACUACAGACCCAAUGCUCCUGCUUCUCUCAAAGGCCGCUAUAUGUUCAAGUGGAGUGAUAUCAAAUGCAGCAGCAAAAAUAACUUCAUAUGCAAAUAUGCAGAAGAAAUAUCUCUGGUUCCUACUCCUGCAGGAAAUUCCACUUCUCACUCAGAUACACCAGCAGUAACUCUCAAACAACUUCCUGUCACGCCACACGAUGAAAAGAUAAACACAGAAUUUUCUGAAUCAUCAGUGUCUCUUUCAGAUGAAGCCAUCAAUGUUUCCUACAUCCUCCUGGCUACUGUACCUGCACUGCUUCUGCUUAUACUAGUGGUCUCUGGGGUCCUCUGUUAUAGAGUCAUGGCUAGAAAGAGAAAGGAACAAAAUGACAUCUAUGCUGUGCCUGGUCAAUGGGUGUCUGCUGGUGCCCUGAAAAACAGCAGCAGCCCAGCCCCCAAGGAGGUUCCCAGCUGGAAUGGGGCCCAGCUAGAAUACAUGAGCUCAGAAAUCAACAGAACAUUUAGUUCAACGGAUUAUGAGAACGUACCCAGCAAUACCGCUGGCUUUGUCACCAACGACAUCUACGAGACCUGCCGCACUCCAGCCACUGUGGAGGAAGGAUGGGUGGAUAAUGACAUUUAUGGAUACUGAACCUGUCCAGUGACGGGACCAAAAUUGAAUGACUUCCGUCCCACCUGGUUCAGAUUCAUCUCAACUUCUCCAGUGUCUGUCUUCGGACUUUAAAGUAAUCUAAAGUAACCCAAUGUGAGGGACACGGGGUCCUGUGAAUGGUCAUCAAGGUGGAGAGUAAGCCCGCUUCUCUGAAAUAGGCAGUACAAAGAAACAUAAAGGUUUCAUCACCUCAUAGCCACUUCCUCUGUGCACGCCGGUGUCCGGGAAGAUGACCUUUCUGUCCAUCUGAACAACGUCCUGUCCUGUCUCUCCUAUUGAGGUCCACUUUGUUUUUCAGAUUCUGCAAUGGCAUUCCAGUUCAAAUGCAAAAGAAUGGGAGUUUUGCUUAGCUUGGAUAUUUGAAAGUGCUAAAAAAUCCUGUUUUGUAAAAGCAUAAAACUGUCAAUGUUUCAGUCUUUUCCUGUUGUGCUUAAAAGUAUACUGAAUGAAAUAUCGUCAAACAUUCCACCAUACCGUUUUAACUCAUUUUCAUAACAAAUAAGAUUUUACGAUUCCAGGAUUUGUGCAUAUGUGGAAAUAUAUCCUGUUGGUUGUGUUGAAUACCCGUUUCACUACGAUUGACCUUUUUCUUACAAAACUUCUCAUAGCUGUCGGUCACGGUAUUAUCUUACAACGGGUCAGUUAUCGUUCGUUCUGGACAGUGUUUACAGUACGUUUUUAACAAGACAGCAUCGUCAGUGUGUUCCAUUUCCAACACGUUCUCACCUUGCUAGGACUAUUUGCAGCUAAACUUACAGCAUGGCAAGCAUUUAAUGAUGAACUUUUAUACAGAGCUAUUUUCAUUAUUAUAUCGGAAGCUGAUUGUAUAGUAAUCAGUACUUAGAAGCAUAUGUUUUAAAUGCCAUCAUAGCAUUUUAUUUAAUUUUACCAUAGGACUAAUACUGUAAACAAGUUAUUGGUGCAUUGCGGCUAUUAGUUUAUGAUAUUUCUGCCUUGUCAAACACACUACUAUUGUCCGUUCUAAAACUGAUGUUGCAUUUUGUAAAAUAUUGUUAAAAAGUACUUUAAAAAAUAAAGAUGUAGAGCUGUUGACCUAA